AUGACGGCAGAGGAAGACACAACCACCGUUGCAAUGACCACGAAGGCGUCUGAAUCGUCGUCGUUGUUUGCAGUCGAUGAUGCGCUUCAUUCGCGUCCGAAUUCGCACGACGAAUUGCUGGAUUUAUUAGCGUCCUCAUCUUUCACACCCUCCCGUCGUGGGAAAAAAGGGGAAUUUGAAUCCGCGCAAAAGUUGAUGAUGAAUACGAACAAUGCGGACACGACUCCUGGGACCACUACUACAGAGGAGAACGAUGCCAGAACUGCUGCUUCAUUUUCCACCUCUCCUUCGUUAUCGUUUCAAACGCCGCAGAAUUUAUCGCAGUUAAGGACGAGAGCUCGAAUGUCCCCUCCUUUACUGCAAAUGCCUGGAGGUAUUGGAAAUACGAGCGUAUCGCCGAGAUCGUCAUCAAACGGGAGCAAAGGAGGGUCGCCAUUUUUUUCAAACCUGUCGUCGUCUCCAGAACGCGAAGUGUGCGCGAUAUGCAUGUGCAGACUGGACGAUGUGGAGUCUCCGAGAGUCAGUCGGGCAGAUUUGGCGAGUCUCGUUGUGAGUACCGCUACGACGACGACCGACGACGGCGAGGACGGGAAAGAGAACGAAACGAAACAACAUCAGCAAAGAAAGAAGAAAGAGAUUUAUACUUUACCGUGCACGCACAGAUUUCACAGGAGCUGUCUGGGGGAGUGUCGCGCGAACGAUUUUUCGCAGUGUCCGAUGUGUAGGGAGAGUUUACCGGGAGGUUUAACACCGGAUCACGUGAGGCAGAUGAAGGCGAAGAUGGAACAGGAGGAUCCGGACGCCGCGAGGAGGGCGUACGCGGUCCAACGAAAUCGAGCGGCGAGGGAGGCGGUCAGAGCAGCGGCGUUGAGGAGGCAGAUGGCCGCCGGGGUGUUUAGCUCGAGUCCGACGAAUUCGAUGAGUUUAUCGACGCCAAGUCAACAACCGAGAACGCCGUUGGCGUGUCCGCCGGGCGUGGGAGGUACGUCGCCGGCGAGCGCGAGCGGAAGCGGAGAAAAAGUGGGUGGAGGGACGUCUGUGGGCGGAAGCUUACGAAGAACGAGCUCUGGAGUAGCGAGUGGCGAUGCGAGCACGGAUAAAAAACCUCCGCUCCCACCUCGAGGUGUUCCUUUGAACGGAGGCGGAGACGAAGCGUACAAUCGACAUCGACGACAAAGGUCGAAUCUCACGGAACAAUUAGCCAAAGCAGAGAAUUUGGACGAGGACGAGGACGAUUUCGAUAUGGACGAUUUGGACAUGGAUCUCUCCCAAUCGCAAAAAUCAGACUACCAUUGA